CCAUCCCCAACGGCUUGUUCUCCGUCGUCGCGCUCGCCCCUCGCUGCUGUCUUCCGCGACGUGCUGGCGAUAUUAAACUCUGGCGGAACCACUUGGUUUAUUCUCAGACUUACGCCGCAUUCACGCUAACUUACGAGUAUCUAUUCUGCUAACGACUAUUGACGACCGAUUUACGAACGUUAAUGAACUAUGUAUCCCACCCACCGACUCGACACGCCGCCGCCCUCGUCUCAAUUCCGUCGGCCUUGGUCUCCAGAUCCCUAUGAUCCUUUACCGUCGCUUACUAGGAAUCACCAGCCGCAGCGGAGACUAGACAAUGAAUCUUACAAUACCCUUACCACCCAGUAUGAACGUCAUCAGCAACGUAGAGAGCCCUCGGACGUCUCUGUCGAAGCGCUCGAUCUUGCGGAUUAUGCAGCAGCGCUCCGACAGCAGCGUCAGUACGUCGCGGACGUGACUCCGUCAAGCCCGUAUGAGUAUGGUUACCCACCUUUUCGACCUCACGAAGAAUACCCUCCCUCCCCACCACCCCUUCGACCGCUCGCCAGCCGAGACUCUUUAUCCCCACCUUCCUUGGUUUCUGCUCCUACCGGGAGCACGUCUACUCAAUCAUAUUCAUACUCGAGCCACUCCCACUCUCGAUCACCCCUCAGGAGACCCUUUUCCCUCCCCCCGCCAUCCCGAGCGCACCUAUCCUUUGAGCCUGACUAUUCACAGCGAAUGCCCGGAAUAUAUGAGCAUCGCGACCCCUUUGCCUCUCCGCCUCCUUUACCGCCAGAUGAGAUCGACAUCUCCAACUUCCCUGCCUGGUCUCGGAAUUGGUAUGGUGACAGCACCAAAUCCAAGUCGAACUCCAAACCUCGCAAUAUUGGGACGAUCAAUUCAGAGUCUUCCUUUCCUCAGGUAUACCCCUCACUCUCCUCUACCCAACACGACACGUCCCUCUCCCCAUUCGAUCCCUCAUUCCCUACCCACAAGUAUCACUCCUCCCCAUACGGUUAUUCCGAUCCCAAAUCUUCUGUUGCCGGGCAUUCCAAUCCCUUCUCCGACUCAUCACGCACCUUACUUCCCUGGUCGAACGAUCCUCCUGACUAUGGUCCUCCCGUGGAUGAUGAGAUGAAGGAAGAGCGCAUGCGCAUGCUGGAACGUGAGUUUGGUGGCAAGGGUACGGGCAAGGGAGGGUAUGGUGAUGAUGAGGCGGAGGAGCGAGUCGUUGGAAGCGUGGACGAGAAGGGCAACCUGAUCACGCAAGGUCCUAAGAAGAGGAUCGCAACUCGGUGGAUACAGAUCCUGUUUGCGUUCGGAGCGGGCAUCGCGUCUAUAUAUGGUGCUGUUAUUAUCAAACCGAAGACACCCGCCCCGCCGCAAGGCAAAGCCCCUGCCUACUUGCUCUACGUCCUGUCCUGUCUCACACUUCUCGCCCUCCUGUUCCUAUUCGUAUUCUAUCCUUGCUGUUGUGCCGGGCGGCGGAAAGGUAAAUCAUCUGGCCAACCAUAUGGCCCGAUGGGCGCCAUGGUGCUGCCCGUGCAGCAGCUACCUGGGGGGAAGAAAAACAAGGGAGGCAACGGGAAGAAGAAGGGCGGCAAGAAAGGCCAGCCACCAGGGAUGGGCGACGUCCAGGUCAACCUCAUCGUCGACCCGAGCAUGUUCAUGCCCGGAGGGAUGGGGCGCGACGCCGAAGACACGGAACCCCGCUCAGAUGACGACGGGGAGGGAUCGGUGUACGGAUCGCAAGGGAACAGGGCGGCUCGGAAACCGAGGCGGCGGGGUGUGUUCGAGGGGCUCGCGCUGGAGGAGCGGUGGAAGGCGGCGCGGAAGUGGGCACGGAAGGUGAUGUUCUUCGAUGUUGGGAUGCUGGUAGCUUGGGGAGCGGAGUUUGGGUUCGUGAUGUGGGGAAAGAGGUGCCCUAGCGGGGGAUUCGAUGGGUGGUGCGACUCGUACAACGUCGCGACGGCUUGUGCCUUCCUACUCGCGCUGGCAUUCUGCCUGAGCCUGUUCUUUGACGUGAAGGACCUACAUAACAGUAGACAGAGCCCUCGAACACGGACAUGAUAGUGUUGCUGCGCUGUUUAUUCUCCUGUUUGUUCCCACCAGGAACUGGGACCUUGGGUUUAUUACUUUAUAUGUUCACGUCUAUUGCCGUUGCUGCUUUGCACUUUGUAUUCCUACCAAUAAUGAUGCUGAAGGGCGGGUAGUCGAUUCCUAACUCAGCCUGGACUAAC